AUGUCCAAAGAAACAUCCACAACCUACAAAGGAACUAGUAUAAAAGAUAUUUGCAAUGGCAAAGGCCAUUGGUCUUUUCCUAUAACGCCAGUCAAUCCUUCAAAGUACCAUUACGUCCUCUACAAUGUUCCAGUAAAUCUUCAAAGUCCACCUGAACCGUUUUGUGCAAAAGAUGUUGCAUUGUGUGACGAUGAUCAUGUUAAAAUGCCCAAUUCUGAGAAGAAUUUGUUUGUAGUACAAGAGGACAAUUCCAAUGUUAUCAAAGAAAGAUGGAAAAUUAUCAAUGAAGCUUUAAAAAAACCCAUUAAAAACUUUGAAGAUUUUGAAUCUGCAAUAAAUGAAUACAACUCUAAUUUACCAAAGUUCGAAGCCUUGCAAUAUUUCUUCAAAGAGGAUUUAAGCCAAGAAGAAUCGGAUUCAUUUUUCACUGAUAUGUUACCAAACAUAAUAUCGUUGGCAUUAGGGCUUCCCGAAUUAUUGCCCAGCGGAAUUCCUCUAUUGAAGCAAAACCGUAAUAGAUCGUUGAGUAUGUCACAGUUGCAAAUUGCUUGUCUUUUGGCUAAUGCUUUUUUGUGUACUUUUCCUUGGAAGAAAAGUACUGCUGCGACAUAUCCUGGUGUUAAUUUUAUAAGUUUAUUUUCUGCCUUUGCAAGACCAAAACGGAACCAAUGCAUUUGUGAGAAAUUAAAGAGUAUUUGUAAUUAUUUCAAAAGAGUGACACAGAAUGUUCCUUUGGGUGUAGUAACUUUCGAACGUAAAAUGAUACCCCGGAGUAAUAUGCCCAGAUGGGACACAUUGGAUAAUAAUUUGGGUAAUACUAAAAUUCACAUUACUAGCGAAGGUACCAUUGAGGAUAACGGUUUGGGAUUUCUUCAAGUUGAUUUUGCCAAUAAAAAUAUUGGUGGAGGAGUUCUAAGAUAUGGCUGCGUUCAAGAAGAAAUUCGAUUUGUAAUAUGUCCCGAACUAAUCAUUAGUAGAUUAUUCGUUGAACAAUUAGCAAAUGGAGAAUCAGUUAUUAUUACAGGCGCAGAAAGAUACAAUAAUUACACAGGUUACGGAGACACGUACGAAUGGGCUGGGGAUUGCCAAGACGAGACUCCGUUUGACGUAUAUGGCAGAAGAAAAACUACUAUAUGUGUUAUCGAUGCUACACGGUUCGAUAGACCCAAGGACCAAUUUCAGAGUUCAAUGAUGAUUAGGGAAUUGAAUAAGGCCUAUGUGGGAUUCAGUAGCAGAGAAAAACAUAAUUUAGCCCCAGUGGCAACAGGAAAUUGGGGCUGUGGCGCUUUCAAAGGCAGCAAACCAUUGAAAAUUCUCAUACAAUUGAUGGCGUGCAGUGCAGCCAAUAGAAAUUUAGUUUAUUAUUCUUUCGGUGAUAUCGAAUUGAUGGAGAAUUUUUCUGAUUUCCAUUUAUUUUUGGGGAAAAAUCAGAUAACGAUAGCACAACUUUGGCGAUUUCUCUGUCAAUUUUCCAUAAGAGGCUUGUCUGAUGAUAAAUUAUUCUCAUUUAUUGAGCAAGCCUAUUUCGAUAGUAAAAAGCAACCAACAAUCAGUCACUUUUUUGGCAAAGCCGCAACAAAUCCACAGCCAUCAACAUUUAAAAAGGACCCCAAACCAAUUAUUGUGGAAAAAAGCCCUAAAGAGAUCAACAUGGACAUUGAAUCGCCUACGACUUCUACAUUGUCUAAUUUAUUUGAAGUAACAGAUGAGACUCCAAGUUCUGAAGAAAUUAUCCCGUCCAGUCAACCAAGUUCUCCAAAAGCCAAAAAACUCUUGAAAACGAAAAAAUCAACUAAAUCCCAUAAGGAUAUUUUGAACAAACUCCCAAAAACUGAUAUUAUGGAAAUAUUCGAUAUGUUAGAUGGGAACGCUAAUAAAUCUCUAUCGACCAGUAAUUCAGAAAGUCCUGAAAUAGGAGUUUUAUCAACUUUUGAUAAAUUUUCCACCAAGAAAAAUGUAGAAUCGUCCACUUUUGAUAAAUUUUGCACCAAGACAAAUAAUGAAGCUUUAGAAGAAAUUGUGGUGAUUAAAGAAGAUAGAGAGGAACUAAUGGAAGUUGAUGUAAAAGAUAAAGGGACAGACAUAAAGAAGAAAAUAACAGAUUAUUUUAAUAAAACCAGUCAUUGA